UGGGCUCUUCCGGUGUCAGAGUUGACCGGCAGGGCUGUCACGUCUUUGUUGCCUGUGUUGGUUGCGCCUCGAGUGCCGUGAAUAGAAGAGCAGGGUAGAUGGGACAGUAACAGGCGUCUGUACAGGGGGAAACACCAUUUGAACCUUGCGCACAACAGUCCAACCACCCAUAAGAUGGAGGAAAAGCUGAAUGGAUCACUGCCUGUUGUCUCCCCGGAGUAUCUUCAACAGUGGGUUCAGUCUGCCCAGCAGUUCCACGCUCUGCAGGCGCAGUAUUCAGGCCUCAGCCCCAACCACCAGUUUCACUACCCAGAGAGGGAGGCGGGAGAGACGGCCAUGGCACACAUGACUUAUUCAGACCCCAUGAUGGAUCAAGAAGAACCUGCUCACCUGGCAAAACCCCCAGCCAAGAAGAGAGGCAGGCCAGCUCAACCCAAGGAACCCAAGGCACCCAAACCCCCAAAAGUACCCAAGGCACCAAAGGCACCCAAGGCACCAAAGGCACCAAAGGCACCAAAGCCGCCUAAAGACCCGAAUGCGCCUAAAGCAAAACCCGGUCCCAAGCCCAAGAAGGCUGCUGAGGCUCAGGGGGACGGCAAGCAGGAGAAGAUCGAUGAGAGCUUCAAGAAGGUGAAGCGGAAAGUCGACCGCUUCAAGGGAAUGUCGGAAGAGGAAGUCAUGAAAAAAACUCUACCAGACCUCCUGGACUACAACCUAGACUAUGUCAUUAUUGGUAUCAACCCAGGGCUGAUGGCAGCUUUCAUUGGACGAUGGUUUCCUGGACCUGGAAAUCAUUUUUGGAAGUGCCUGUUUCUCUCUGGAUUUACUGAGGAGCUGCUCAACCACAUGAGUGACACCACUCUGCCAGUCAAAUACAAAAUGGGUUUCACCAACAUGGUGGAGAGGGCGACACCAGGAAGUAAAGACCUCUCAAGUAAAGAAUUACGCGAAGGGGGCAAAAUUCUUGUCGAGAAGUUGAAGAAAUUCAAGCCUCUUAUUGCUGUUUUCAAUGGAAAAUGCAUAUAUGAAAUGUUCUGCAGAGAGAUGUUUGGCAAAAAACCAAAGAAGCUCGACUUUGGUUUGCAACCGCACAAGAUCCCAGACUGUGACGUGGCUCUGUAUCUGAUGCCGUCUUCCAGCGCUCGCUGCGCUCAGUUCCCUCGUGCUCAGGACAAAGUCCACUUCUACAUCAAACUGCGGGAGCUCAGAGAUCAGCUGAAGGGCGUCCAGAAGAGCACUGAGAUCGAGGAGGUCGACUACUCGUUCGACCUGAGUUUGGCCAAAGAGGAUGCCAAGAGGAUGGCGAUUAAGGAGGAGCAGUACGACCCUGGUUACGAAGAUGCCUACGGUGGAGCGUAUGCAGAGAGAGGACCCGAAGGGGACCAGGCCCCGAGCCAGACCAACGGUCACUGUACAUUCUCGACUGCAGAAAACACAGAGGGAGCUCAGGAGGCGACCACAUCGCAGACGGCAGAAGGCCAGCUGCCAGACGGACAGUGGAUGACCCAGUGCUUUGCAGAUCAGAUCCCGGACAUCAGUGGUGGACCGAAAGACGGCAGCGCAUGAGGGGUGUUAAUGUCCCGCACUCACAUGCAGACCGCCUCGGUCCUUCACCUGGUGUCGGGUCUUAGAUUGUUUAAAAUUUUCUAUUAGUGUCAGGGUGAAAUAUACACACAUAGAUGGACUUUUUUUAGAAAUGUUUGCAGAAUAUGGCUUCUGCAUUUUAUUUGUUUGUGAUCGCGUGUACAUGUACGAUAAUCUUCAUGGCAGUCUUUUUUAAAUAUGUGAAAUCAGGGACUUGACAAUGAUGCUCGACUGUCGUUGAAGGUCAUGUACUUUGCCUUUGUGUACUUUUCUGUACUGUACUGCACUGUGGCGCGGUGGGUGUAAACAUUCUCGUCUACUGUAUUGACAGUAGAUUAAACUCCAGAUGGUUAUUUUAAAGGCCCAGCUGCUCGGUGUGACCGUACACGACCCUCUGUGUGAAAUGAGGAUUCAUGACUAUUUUUACAUUCAUGGUGCUACGACCACAACGCAAUGUGGUCACUCUGUGAAACCAGACUCAUCGGGCAUGUUUGAGACGCCACAGAAGGAACUAAUGGCAAGUUUUUCCAUGAAAUGUUACGAAACCCAUACAGGUUUGAUUUGAAUCGUUUGAAUCACUUUUUUUUGCAUUAGGGAAUUUUAGAAUUAUGUUUUGUAAUGUUUACGGAAAUGACAUUCACAAGGAAUUUUAUGAAACGUUUGUCAAUUAAAAUGUCCUGAUGGUGCUUUUUCUACAUUA